AUGGUAUUGCAGUGGAUUAAAGGUCACCCUCAAUUUCUGAAAAAUCCACUAUACAUUGGUGGUGAUUCAUAUUCAGGCAAGACCGUUCCCAUCAUUACUCAAGAGGUGUCCGAAGGAAAUGAGGUUGGGCGUGAACCACCAAUGAAUCUCAAAGGUUACAUAUUAGGCAACCCAUUUACAGAUCCAACAUAUGACGUGAAUUCACGAAUUAAAUUUGCUCACAAUAUGGCCCUUAUAUCUGAUGCACUCUAUGAGUCAACUAAAACAAAUUGCAAGGGGGAGUAUGUUCAAGUAGAUCCAAGCAAUGCACCUUGUGUGGAAAACCUUCAAGAAGUUACUCAGUGCCUCCAAAAGAUAAAUAGUCCCCAAAUAUUGGAGCCAAUAUGUAGCACAAUGUCUCCAAAACCAAAAGGAUUCAAAUGGGAUAAAAAUUUUGUUGGAGAGAACUUCUUAGAUAUGCCUCAUCGCUAUCCAGAACCAUGGUGUCGUGCUUAUAACUAUCUGUUCUCCUUCAUUUGGGCUAAUGAUAAAACUGUACAAAAUGCUCUUCACGUUCGAGAGGGAACAAUAAGGGAUUGGGAAAGAUGCAAUCAGAGCUUCUCUAGCAGUUAUGCACAUGAUGUUAGAACUAGUCUUGACUAUCAUCGAAACCUCACCAAGAAAAACCUUAGAGCACUGGUUUACAGUGGUGAUCAUGACAUGUUUGUUCCAUACGUGGGCACUGAAGAAUGGAUAACAUCUCUAAAUUUGAGUAUUGAUUACACUUGGAGACCAUGGUUUGUCAAUGGCCAAGUUGCCGGGUAUACGAAAGCAUAUACAAGGAAAGCGUACAGUUUGACAUAUGCGACUGUGAAGGGAGCUGGCCACGCAGCUACAGAGUACAAUCCUAGGGAAUGUUUUCCCAUGAUUGAUAGGUGGCUUUCAUAUUACUAUAUUUAGCCCAUUAAUUCACUGUAAAGUUUAUAAUUGAAAAUAGUUCAGAAAAUUCGUGCGUUGGAUUUGGAGGUGAAACUUGGCCAUCUCACCUAUUAUUACCUUGCUUAGCUAUCAAGGUUGCAGCCUGUAGUGCUUUGGUGAAUAAAUUUGUAAGAACAUUGCAAUUAGAUGUCAAUAUCAAUUUUUUUUUUUCGUAGCUGGAAAUGAAUAAUUCAUUACCAAAUUGUUAAUGGUUCAUACCAUCACUGUAAGCCGAGUCUAUUAGAGAACACCACGUGAUCAUUGUUGGAAUAAAAAAAAUCACAAAAAUCACAAAAUAUUGGAACGUGGGGGGAAGUUUGGAAAAAGGUGGGGGGAAGUUUGGAAAAAGGUGGGGGUCUAAAGAGUUUAGUGGCUCCUAUUUUUGGGGGAGCUGGUUAUCCAGUUUUUAGUAUAAAUAUUUUGCAUUAAAGGAGAAGAGGGGAAAAAAAAAAAAAGGAGAAGACGACAGAAGAAGAAAACUGCUGCAGGAGGAAAAUUGCAGGAGCACAAAGACAAGAAGAGACAUUUUCACAGGUAUAUGGAUCCUGUCAAUUAAUUCUUGUUGGGUGGCAACCCUCAAAUCAUUUUUCUUGGAUGAUGAAUCCAUAUUGGGUGGCAACCCUCAAAUGAAACUCCUGGAUGAUAAAUCCAUAAUGGGUGGCAACCCUUAAAUCAUGAACAACAAAUCCAUGAGAGGAUUCCUGUUUAACAAAGCUCUGCCGAGCAAAAGGAAAUCCUUUGAAAUGGAAAUGGUGUUUGAAGGGUUAAUUCCAAAAAUGCACAGAAAAAGGAGAGCGUGAAUUACCUCUUGGGCUCUCUCACCACUCCUCUCCAUCUCUGCUUAAGAAGGCCUUUAUUUUUCUCUCUGAGCAAACUACAUCAAAAAAAUGUAAAGGAUGUUAGUCAUGAAGAAAAGAAUAGGCAGAGAAAAAAUGGAGAUCUGUAAAACAAAGGGGAAAGAAAAUAGAGGCCAUAUUUUUCUGUCACAGCCUCUCUCAAGAGCACAAAUCCAGGUUGGGUACAAAACCCACAAACAAAAUCACUGAGGGUUUAAUCUCACAGCAAAUAAAAAAUAAACUGUGCUUGAAAAGGAAGACAACCAUGUUGGCUGUGGCUCGGCCUGAUGCUGCAGAUAGCAGCAGCAAAUAACAAAGAAGAAGGAAGACUCCUGUCGAAAGAGAAAAGGGGAGAAAGUUUCGGGGGUACGGUUGGCCACAACAAACAAAACUUAAAACUAGUUGGGCUCUGGGUGUGUGAAAGAAAUUUUUUUAAAAAAAGAGUGGCCACGUUUUGGUUGGCAGUUCCAUAUGGCAGCUUUGAAAA